AUGUCUUUAAAUUACAUCAAGAACUUCUAUGAAGGAUGUCUCAGGCCUCCAACAGUGAUUGGUCAGUUCCAUACCCUUUUCUUUGGCUCCGUUCGAAUGUUUUUCCUUGGUGUUUUGGGCUUUGCAGUUUAUGGAAAUGAGGCCUUGCACUUCAGCUGUGAGCCAGACAAGAGGGAGGUUAAUCUCUUCUGUUACAACCAGUUCAGGCCCAUAACUCCUCAGGUAUUCUGGGCAUUACAGCUAGUGACGGUUCUGGUACCUGGAGCAGUGUUUCAUCUUUAUGCUGCAUGUAGAAACAUCGAUCAGGAAGAUAUCCUCCAAAAGCCCACCUAUACUGUUUUUUAUAUCCUCUCUGUUCUGUUAAGGAUUGUCCUUGAAGUUGUGGCUUUUUGGCUUCAGAGUCAUCUCUUUGGCUUCCAAGUGAACCCACUCUACAGGUGUGAUGCAGGAGCCCUUGACAAAAAGUUUAAUAUUACCAGAUGCAUGGUGCCGGAACACUUUGAAAAGACAAUUUUCCUCAUUGCUAUGUACACUUUUACUGUGAUUACAGUGGUGUUGUGUGUUGCUGAGAUUUUUGAGAUCUUAUGUAGGAGGCUGGGUUUUUUAAAUAAUCCGUGACCCUGUUGUCAUAUUGAACUACUCCUAUUUAUGUGCCAUCUAUUCUGACAGUUGUGUGUGUGGUGGGUUUUUUAUGUACAAUGGAGAUCUCAGUGUGAAACAAAGACCACUUUUUGUACACCUCUGCAAUUUUGUAUAGGAACUUCCCUUACAUGAGCUUUUUGUAUAUUACUGUUGUCAAAUACAUAACUAAGGGCCAGAUCCAAAAGACAUUUACUCGUGUGAAUAAUCCUUACUCACAUGUAUAGACUGAAGUGAAUGAAACUGCACAUGUGAAUGAAUGCCACUUCAAUGCCAUUUAA